UGGCUAGAGGGCGCGCUAUGCGGAAGUGAUUGAAGAAGCGCCCACUGGAUUCUGCAGGAGCUCAGCCGUCAGACUGCUUUAUUACAGAGGACUAUUAUAUUAUCCAAAACAUAUCAUAUUAAGCAUCAACUUCGUCAUGUCGAAAAACACCAUUUCCGAUCGUUUCCGGAAAGUGGACGUGGACGAAUACGACGAGAACAAGUUUGUAGACGAAGAAGAGGGAGGAGAAAAUCAGCUGGGUCCAGAUGAGGCAGAAGUGGAUUCUCUCAUCAGACAUUCCCUCUGCAAAGGGAACCUCAUGGGUGCACUGCAGGCAGUGUUAAAAAACCCACCAAUCAACACAAAGAAUCAAAAUGUCAAGGAUCGUGCUGAAGGUCUGGUACUGAAGGUGCUCAGUUCCUUCAAAAGCAGUGAUAUAGAGAAAGGAGUUCAGUCUCUGGAUAAGAAUGGAGUGGACUUGCUGAUGAAAUACAUUUAUAAAGGGUUCGAGAAACCAUCUGAGAACAGCAGUGCAGUCCUGUUGCAGUGGCAUGAAAAGGCUCUCUCUGCAGGUGGAGUGGGCUCCAUCGUGAGGGUCCUAACAGCCAGAAAAACUGUGUAAACUGCAAGGCAAUUACCACAGUGAACAAAGAAAUAAAAACCCAGUGGCAGGAUAUCUUGCUGAGACCCUCAAAACAAAGCGAUGACCUUCUAGAGGGUGCUAUAAAGGACUUCUCAUUAUCUGAUUUCUAUAUUAAUAACCGGCUGCUUUUCUUCUCUUUCAUACGGUAUCGCCCUUUAUUUACUUUAUCAUUUAGUCCACAUGACUACCCAUAGCUUUAUAUCACUCUUUAUACUCUCACUUCCUUUACAAAACCACAUAGCAGAUCUAUUAGCUUACCGGUAGCUUCUCUCAGGAAUACUUUUAUAUACUCUUCUGUACUGUGACUUUUAAAGUUUUAUCAAAAGUUGCUUACCUGUACUAUACAUCUGUUUUAAUGUAUGUUUUAAGUAUUAAUGUUAAUAUAGGCUACUUACUGUACUACUCUGCAUGUGUUGGAAUGACCUGAAAUGAUUGAAGAUGGGAUGGACCUGUGUGUUUUCUUCACAUUGCCUGUGUUGGAUAAAGAUGAUUAAUUUCUGAUGCAUUACACCUUUUCGUUAUGGAUCUCCACAUUUCACCAGACAUCAUCCCUAAGUAUUAACUGACCAUCACACAGGUUCAGCUAGCUAAAAUACUGAAGUCUGAUUAAACCUCAAACGUAUUCUGCGAGUCUUAUCUUUGAAACAGCGGUUUCUCCCAUCUGACAUUUACUUGGCAAAUUGAGAAAUUUCUUUAAAAGUCACUGACUUUAUUAACUCUAUGGUCUUAAUGUAUCUAUGUCUGCAUUUCAAAUGGCAACAUUGCAAAGCACUUGUUGGCCAUGGACUGUUGUACGUGUGUGUUAGAGGAUUUGUCUGUAUCCAGUCGUGUGUCAGGAGGUUUUUAAGCCAAUGAUGUUGAAUGCAACAAAGCUGAUUGCUUGUGAUCCAGUCUAUUUUGAGAAAUUACACUUGAUCACAGGGACCUGGUAUCUAAUGCAGUAACAAUGGCAAAGUGCAAACGCUCAAUAAACCAAACUAAUAUAAUGACUGCCUUACAGAAUAUUCCUUUUUUAAGUUUAUGCUUUUGUGAUUUAAUAAAAAAUACCUGUAUAUCUUGAUUGUAUUUUCAUUAACAUUCUAUACAGUAACCAGGUAAAAAAAAGUGCAUUAAAAUAAUACACCUUAACCCUAAGGCCAUUUUUGUUUUAAUUUUUGUUGUCUUAAUUUGGCCACAACUUUCUCUGUGUUUCUGCAAAUGGAAUGAUUUUUGGUGACAAAUUUUAUAUUUAGACAUAUUUUGAGAAAAUGCUUUGAAAUAAAAAACCCAAUAUACAGUGGGAAAAUUUACUACCCUUUCGUGUACAAAAAAGCCACUAAAUUAAACGGCUGUAAAAAUGUAUCAAAUAAUUUUUUUUGCAUAAACUUGUUAAACUACCAAUUGUUUAACUAAAAUGCAUCAAAGACAAUGUUUUUACUAAUCCAUGACAUGGCCAAGACUGGUAAAAAAUGGAAAAAGUCCAGUCCACAAUCACUAUUGAAAAUCAGUCAUUUGUGCAUUUUUUCCCCAAAUCGGUGGCAUCACUUAUGAACUUGGCAAAGAGUUAAAAUCAUGGAAUUUUUGUAAACAUUUGGUAGUUUUGAUCAGUAUUGAGGGUGAUUAACAGAUUUAUUCAAAAAACUGAAAAAAAUCUGAUAAAUUUAUACAGCAGUUUAUUUUAGUUACUCUAAUUUAGUUUGACAGCACGCCAAAUACAUUUACAAAUUUAAUCUAUCCAACUUAUUUGUAAGUGAGAACUCGUGAACAACCCGAAAGGGAAGUGCAUUUGAACAACCCACAAGGGUUAAGUACAGUAAGUGUACUUUUCAGUCAUUUUGUAUUUUGCUUGCUUUGUGUAUGCUUGUGCAUUGUGCAAUUGUGUAUGCUUUCUUCAAUACCUACAGUACUUACAACAUACAUUGUCACAAUGUAACAUACCAUAUGUUACAAUAAAAUAAACUUAAGGCUGACGUUC